AUCCUCUUCCGCAUACGUCACUUUGGCGGGAAGUAGUGGCCACCUCGUAAGGAACAACACGAGUCAUUUAAAAUAAACAAUUGACCUUUUAACAGCCUGCAGCUCCUUUCACCGGCUUACUAUCACACAUAUAUACCGUCAUAUCUCAUUACUGCUGUGAUGUCUACUUCAUCCGUGUCAAAGGGUUGCUUCGUUUUUAAGCCAAGUGCCAAGAAGAAAAAGACACAGAGUCUGGAGGAUUACUUCGUCAGUGGCUGUGAAGGUGCAGAGAACAGUGAAACAAGAUUUAGACUUUGUCAGGAUUUAUGGGACAAGAUUAAAGAAAAUACAGAGGUCCUGCAGGAAGAACUCAACAGGAAAAUCUUGGACAGCUUGCUUGACUUCACAAAGAAGUGCUCAUCCACUCCCUCGCACAGUAACUGGGCAGCACAGAUGAGGGCCAGUGAGAUUCCCACAGCGGCACUUGUUCUCGGUGUGAAUGUCCCAGACCACGACAUGACCUUCCAGAGUCUAUCUGACCUGCUGCAGCAGUCUGUCAGCCCGUAUGUGGCCUCUGUGCAGGCCAAAGAGUGUGGAGCAUUGAAGCAUUUGAUGAAGAGAGUGUUGGAGAGGCUGAUGGACACUGUAGUCACUGUGGAUGAUGACGAAGAGGAGGAGAAUGAGCCUAUCAGCACACAGCUCCACAAGAGUGUGCACUGCUCGCUUGGUACACUCUGUGAUUGGUACAGUGCAAAAACAAAGAAAUCCAAUUCUGGUACUCCCGGAAAAAAGCGCAGCUCUUCUGAUGGUGAUGAUCCACAGCAGCCUCCUGUUGUAAUCAUCUUCAAAGAUUUAGAGGUGUUCAACCCAAGAGUUCUUCAGGACUUCAUUCUCAUCUGCAGCCGCUACAUUCAACGUCUUCCCCUCAUGUUCAUAUUUGGUAUCGCCACUUCACCCAGCACCAUCCAGAAUAUGCUGCCACACUCUGUGUCCUCCCUGCUGUGUAUUGAACUCUUCCAGUCUCUGUCCUGUACACAGCACCUGGCCACAGUCAUAGACAAGUUGAUCCUGACUCAUCACUUCCCCUUCAAGCUGAACGGUAAAGUGAUGCAGGUGCUGAUCAGCAUCUUCCUCUACCACGAUUUCUCCGUGAGAAACUUCAUCAAGGGCGUUCAGCUCGCUCUGCUGGAGCACUUUCACUCUCAGCCGCUCAGUGUGCUCUGCUGUAGGAAGAAGGAGGCUCUGCUCAACGUGAUGCAGCUCAGUCCCGGCGACUUGGAGAGGAUCAGGCAGCUGCCGUCUUUUCAGAGGUAUGUUGAGAAGCAGGAGCCUGAGGAACAGGAGAACCUGUCAACAGAUGACACUCAUUUAAAGGAGGUGUGUAAGACGCUGAUAAAAGACCUUCGCAAAUAUCACAAGAACUAUUAUCCUGUCCUGAGGUGUCUCCACACUCUGGCCACAUCUUUACCUCGAUAUCCUCUUGGAAAACAGAUCAGAGAGCUCCAUUUAAUUUGUCUGGAGAAGAAUGUAUGGGAAAAUGAGGAUUACCAAUCAAGCAUGAAGCUUCUGAAGAUGCUGGCUAAAGACGAGCUGAUUAACCUGCUGCAGAGGUGUUUGGAGAUUCUUCAGCCUGUCAAGUCAAAACAGAUGGAGGAUGCCAGAGUUCAACUGGAGGAACUGCUCGUGAAGUUCAAACAGUUGGACACAGCAGCUGCUGAAGCUCAGCCGUGUGUGGAAGAAAGUAUCAUCUCCCCUGUGAAAAAUCUUGGAAAGAAAACUGAUCUGUUCCAGCUGCAAAAGACGCUGCUGGAAAUGAACGAGACUAGAAGAUCCAAGAAACUGAGUCCGUUUGAGCUCCUCCGAAAUGAAGCUCUGGAGUUAAUUGACAGCUUGGUGAAGAGUCACCUGUCCCCUCCUGAGUCGCUGACACUGAAUGAAGUUUGCUACUACAGUUCUUCUGCAACUGUGAGACGCCACCUCAACGCAACGCCUCGCACCUCCAUUCAGGCCGCUCUCAGCAGCCCGUACUAUUAUCUUCAGAACACCAGCCUAAAAACUGAAGAUGGCUCCGUCUCUAAUGCUGCUCCUGAUAUCUGCAUUGCAUACAAACUUCACCUGGAGUGUGGCCGGCUGAUAAACCUCUAUGACUGGCUGGAGGCAUAUGCAACUGUUGUCUCUGCUGCUGAGGGCAACAAUCCAGAUUCUGACAAUUUCGGGAAAGUGGACGAAGUCAAACAUGCUCGUUUCAUCCGAGCUGUAUCCGAGCUCGAGUUCCUGGGCUUUAUUAAAUCCACCAAACAGAAGACUGACCACGUGGCUCGACUCACCUGGGGAGGCUGCUGAGUGGAAGUCAGAAAUAAAUACACACACGCACAUCUGUAGCUCUAUUUCAUUCAAACUCUUAUCGAGUUUUAACAUUUUGUUCUGUAUAAUUUCCUCUUAAUAAAAUGAGUAUUGUCUGGUAA